AGAAAAUUACGGUAUAACGAUUUUGUCCAGAAAACUGAAAACCCUUCGUCGGACGGUGAAGCCAGGCGCCAAAUCGAUUUGUUGCUUGAUCUGAGAGCCGGCGAUUUCGCUUCUCGAACCCGAAAUCGCAUUUGGGACUGAAAAUUGAACAUUCUAUGGGUCCUCGGCAAUGUCAGGUCUGCAAUGAAGCACCAUCCAAAUACAAAUGCCCCCUUUGCCUUGCACCUUACUGCUCUCUGGUUUGUUUCAAGAAACACAAAGAAGUUCCUUGUGUUAAGCCUGUGUCUGCAGGGGACCAAUCAACUGCUCCUAAUGGAUCACUUGUAGAUAGGCCAAUAUGUGUCGAAGACCAAAGUGAAGUACUUGAAAAGUCGCAGCUGGAGGCCAUCGCUUCUUCCUCAGAAAUACGCAAUACUUUGAAUGAUGAAAGCCUUCAGAAGCUCAUCUGUGCCAUUGGUAGUUCACCGGAUCCAGAAACCGAACUUGAUAGAGCUAUGGAAGACGAAGCAUUUCGCAUAUUCAGCAGCAAGAUAUCAUCGAUCAUUGGCUCCUAGCCCCAGCAAUCACGGAUGGAGGACAGAAAACACUAGUUCGAAGACAUCCGUAUAAUCAACGGGGAAUUUCUGCCCCCUUACCUUAAGUACUCAGCUCAGCAGAUGCUGGAAUCAAGGAUGUGGAAACGACACUUCUUCUCGGAAUGAAGUAAGCUGGGGGAGAGACCAUCCAAGCGUUUAGCUGAAAUGUGUAAUGGUGAUAGAUUUGACAAGUUUAGCAAUGAUGUAUGGUCUUCUCGUCUUUUCCUCUUUUUAAACGCUGUGUUUGUGUAUUCAAACUCUCGUGUGUUUAAUGCUUUCUAGGCUCAAUAGUUUGUAGGAAGUCAUGUUUUUGACUGAGUGCAAUUGAAUGAUCAAACCGAAAGUUGAACGUUUUAUAUCAUGUUGCUCCCGAAAACUUUGCUCCGACUCA